AUGGACAAGAAUCCAACCGGGGAUGCAUCCCCCACAAAAUCCCCGAUCAAGUCCACCCAUGGCAGUACUGAUCCUCCUCCCUCAGACAAAGAGACUUUACCCCACACCCAGGACGUCGAGGCCCUCAUGGCCGAGAUUGACCACCUCAAAUGGAAAGUUGCAAUUCUUAAGGGCGAAGCAGGAGAGAAAUCAUCCCUUUGCAAUGAACAAAGCCUCAUACUAUUCUCCGGGGGGGAAGGUUGGCUCCCGGUUUAUAACAGGGAAUUGGAAGCCGAAGUCAAGUCCGUUCUGCAAGACGUGGGAAAUUGGUGCCGGCAAUAUGCCCUAGGAGGUCCGACCGAGGUUGCACACCUGUCCCCCUGUGAGAAGCAAAGUAUCAUUCGUAGCCUGGAGGGCUACUGGGUACAGGAUCUCGACUGGGAUACACUGAUGAGAUCUUUUCCUUUUCCAAUCUCUCAGAAUGUGCUUCAGCUGGUCGCCCAAACCAUGUUGACAAAGGACAUCAUAGAAAAGGUCUUCGAGAAUCCAUUCUGGUAUUUGGAAGCGAGCGACCAGCAGGAGAAAAGCCAACGCUCUGAUUGCUUUGCAUGGCAUCUGCAGCGCCUGUACCUUCCGUUCGUCGAAAGUAAGCCUGUCACUCUGCACACUGACGCCCCUCCCCGCUUUUUCUUGCUACAUGUCUGCUGA